AUGGGGAUUCUUUGUUUGCCGCCACCAGCGCCAGACAGGGCGGCCGGCAAGGAUUUCGAGGAGGCGGUGGAGCGGCGCUGGAAAUGGCUGCAAUGCGUGGAGGAUCUGGUGAGGAAGAUUGUUCUAGGGGGCGAAGGCCGGAUGUGGCUGUGCGCGGCGCUGGGAUCUCUUGAUUUGCCCCCGGCGGCGCAAAGAGCUGCGUUUCUAGGGCUCGUCUCGAAAGAUGGCGAGGAAGGGCGCAGUAUCCGGCAGCGCGUCAUCCGGAUGCUGUGCGAGAACAGGCCCGCGUGGGCAGCGAGGGUUCUCGCUCGCGACGAUCGACUUCUAAGGCGAUUCUUCGAAGGAGAUUCACAGAGAAUACUUCAGUGGUUUGGGAAGUUCUCGAGCGGUGGCAACAGCGAUCACCAGUGGGGUGCUCGAGCGCUGGCUCGAUUUACUUUCGUCCAUCGUGAAUCCUGCUGGCAUGAGCUCGAUUGGAAUGGCAAGCACGGCCAAGCUCCGGCCACGGUCGCGUCAAAGCCACAUUACUUCCUCGAGCUUGAUGUGUUGCGAACAGUGGACAACUUCCUCGACAAGGUACCAUCCUUUUGGAGGUCUGACGAGCUCUGGGACUCCAUGAAGAAUGGAGAGUUUUUGAGCCUCGACAUCGACUUCUUCAUCAACGCGCUUGAGGAGAAGAUGAUGGUGGACGAUUGCCCAGAGACUUGGAAUCUCGUGGAAGACUACCUCGCGGAGGAAUCGCUGUCCAAGCUCUCCAACUGCGUGCUCCAUCUCCUCUCGGAGGAGAGCCUCUUGACUUUCGUGAACGAGCUCGUCUUCCAGAUGAGCAGCAAGGGGCCGAGAAAGAACGAGAGGAAAGGUGGCGGCCGGGAAAAGCAAAAGACUUGGCUGCAAGAGGUGAUUCUAUCCGAGGAAAGGUGCCCGACGCUCUACGAUGCUAUCGUUUGCAACGCUUGUGCCAACCACAGGAGACAGAUAGUGAAGAUCGUUGGGGAUGAAGACUACGAGGAAGAAACAAAGGUUUUGAAGCGACUACUUGGUGAGGCCGAGUGUGAUCCAGCGGUGGUGUGGGCGGUGAGGAGGCAGAACUUGAAGCUGGAUAAGUGGAGUUGCUUGAAGUUCCUGGGGCUGGAAGCACUGAUGCUUUAUUGGUAUCUCACGGAGAAGAGCGGUCAGAUCUCCUAUCCUCUUCUAUUCAAAGAGAACAGGAUACGUUUCGACGCGGCUCCAGUAACCCCGAGGAAGAGGAAGAAGAGGAAAAGUCGGAAGAGCCGAAAAGAUACAGAGGAUUCAAGUAAUUCUGGCUCUGAUGAUGGUGAAAGCAGCAGUAUGGAGCACAAGUCGUGGAGAUUGUGCACGGACAACUUUCGGUUUUUGUGGAGAAAGGAAGAUCUUCCCGAACAUCUCUCUGGUUACGCGUUUGACGAAUGGGUCAGGUGGACGGUCGCGCAUUGGUAGAAGAGUUCAUGGAGUCAAGUCCUUUCUCUGUACUGAAAACUCCACAUGCUUCAUGUUUGCCGAAGAGAUUUUCUCGUAUGAAGCAGCUCUUUCGAUAGGUGAAAUUCUGCGCGGCAACCUCAAGAAUGAGGGCGCUCUUUGCAUUGCGGUUUGGAUUCGUUUUAAAGCAAUGGCAUGCUGACAAAAACAAGAAAACAAGCAAAGCACUCGUGUAAGAUUCGAAGUUUUUUUCCGUUUAGACGGUUUUUACUGUAUCAGAGAUCGAUGCCGGUAGUGAUUCUUGAUCUCCGCCAGUGGAAAAUGUGCGUGGUUCCUUUCUUUUGGUUUCUUUUGUUCUCGCUGCUGCUUGACUAACCAUCCAUUGGUUUCCUUCUUCGUCGUUGUUUUAUGUAGGUGCUCUUUGCAUUGCGUGGUCCGGGCUGGCAUAAAAUUGACGACAAUGAACGAUAAGAGCAAGGACAUGCUGACAAGAAAACAAAGGCAGGAGAGAGAGAAAAAAAAUAGUUUGACAAGAUAAAAAUGAAAAAAAAUAAAAAGACCAGGAAAACGGGAGCGAGCGAGCGAGCAACAGUGACAUAAAGUAAAAGCGGGUGUAGAUUCUAAGUAAAAAUAGUAAGUUAUCAGCUCUUUUUUUUCGUCUUU